AUGUACAAUGCCGGCUAUGGCUUUGGCAACCCGGCCUUCAACCAACCCGGAACGCCGCAGCAGCAACAGCAGCAGCAACCACCACAACAGCAGCCGGGGCAGCCCAAUCCUCAGAUGAUGUACAAUCAGCAGCAGCAGUUCGCGGGUAUGGGACCCCAGGGAGGCUUCAACCCCGGCGCCAAUCCCCAGAUGAUGCAGGGCAUGCCAGCUGGCAUGUUGCAAAACCCUGGGAUGGCCAAUAUGCCCCCCAAUGGACAGACCGGAUUGAACCCAAUGACCAGUUUUCUGGAACAUGCUAACAAGGAUAUGAAUGCAGUGCCCGGAUACGGCCAACAGUUCCCCGGAGCCGGUUACGGUCAGAUGAUGCCCGGCGGCGGCGGCGGCGGCGGCGGCAUGCCUCAAAACUUUGCGCCGAAUAAUUACAUGAUGCCCGGCGGUAUGCAGGGAUUUCCGAUGAACCAACCGGGCAUGACCCCCCAGCAGAUGCAAUUAAUGCAGAGGAUGCAGGCACAACAAGCCGCUCAACAGGCAGCCCAGCACCAGCAACAACAACACCAGCAGCAGCAGCAUCAUCAACAACAACAUCCCCAACAACAGCAACAGAUGCCGCAGCAGCAGCAACAGCAUCCUCAACAGGCGCAGCAGCCUCAGCAACCGCAGCAACAAAUACAACCGCAGCCGCAACAACCUCCACAGCCUCAACAGCCCCAGCCCCAGCAACUUCACCAACCACCGAUGAAUGCUGCCAUGUCACAGGUCUCUACACCUCAAAGACCGCCGAGCGCAGCCCAAGGCACCCCAACGAACCCGAUGCAGCAGCAGCAGCAACAGCAACAGCAACAGCAACAGCAACAGCAACAACAAUUCUCGACACCACAGCCUCAGUCUCAAAAUCAAACUCCGCAAAACGCACAGCAGCAAUCCGCGAGUGGAACACCUCAAACGCCGACGUUCUCAGCCAACCACGGCGGUGGUAUGAGUCUUCCUACAUCAGGCACGCCAAUGAGUCCAGGUGCCGAAUCCAGGGAAAAGGAGAGGUUUGCACUGCUCUUGGACAUCAACCAUGAGCUGCUUUACGAAUCAAUACAGAUUCAAACCACACAAUCGGAGCUUAAAAAGGAGAACCCCUCGCCAAACGGCAACCCGGCAGAAAGGAAACCUACCGAAGAGGAAAACCUGUUCCAGCAAGAUUACCUUCAGUGUAUGAGACGACUACAGGCAAAUCUAUCCUACAUGGCCGCCAUGGCAGACCGAAAACCGGAGGUCAAGGCACCGCCCUGCCCGGCGUAUCUCAGCGCGCCUCCCCUAAAUCUUUCGCUUAAGUUGAGAGCUGCGCCAAUUGGAGCAGAAGGACAAGAUGUGAACAUUGACCCCGUUGCGGACAGGGCCGAGCGAGACAAAUCAAUCAAGGAUCUGUAUCGUCGACUGCAAGCAGUCUUCCCAGGAUUUGACCCGAAGAAGGAGCCCGUUUUCCGCUCUGGUGCUGGACAAAAGAUUGGUGGUCAAGGGCCAAACCAAGCCAGUCCAGCCGUUCCGCAAAACCCUCAGAUGCCAAACAUAACCGCACCGCCUGGCCACCCUGGGAUGAUGGGCUAA